AAUAAAAUCGGUCUUCUGUAAUUUUAAAAUAUGUAACUUGGUAAUAGAGAAAUACGACGUUUUUGACAGAAUUUCAGAGAAAUAUAUUCGGUCUUUGGACAGUUAAUUUGCACAUACGUAGAGCAAAGAAACGUAACAGCUAGCUGAUAUCGCGCGGGAAGAUAUUUCCUUUUUUGCCAUUUCUACGAUGCUAAUCUAUGAUGUGGAAAUAACAGCAAACGAUGGAAAAGUUCUCGUAAAUUGGAUCGGUGAUGGUGCGCUCUGAAUGUUUACGGAAGCGCGCUAAAUAAUACGUAUAUGUAUCACGUAUGAAAAACGUAUCUAUCUAAGCGUCGCGUCGUCGAAAUCUGAACAAAUUUAUUACACGGCCCAAUAAAACAGACCGGUCUGACGUUAAAUCAGAUUAUCGAUCUUCAUCGAUGACCGCGGUCGUGUGGCAGCAAAAGUGUGACUGCCGCGUCGAAAUACAUCAUCCCAAACUCGUAUAUCCAGGCUAAAUGUUUUGUUUCACCUGGUGCUCGAGGCCAGUUUGGCGUUUAGGUGCGCCGAACUGUCUGUAAUCGGUUUACGAUCGUAAUUCACUUACAUCGGUGAUUCGGUGACAUCGGCGCGGUGACAGGGAGGAAAAAACACGCAGCGGGAAAAUAGUUACGUUCGGAUAACCUGUAAAAUAUGAUUUAACGGUUGGCUGGGAAACGAAUUUAGGAGGUUGGUAAACGCGAGGCAACAACGUCGAUCGUAGAUGUUGUACGACUAGGAAUAGAAAAUAUUAGGAUAGAGAAUUAUUUUGUUUUUCGAUAGACGCUUUAUUAUUAUAUAAAGCUCCUUUACUAUCGAGUCUCGGUUUCUAGAAUGAAUUCGCGGGACCUCUAAGCUUUAAACUCGUUUCUCCGUUUCCUUCGUACAGCUACGAGAAUCGACGUUAAAAUUCUUGUCUCGCGCUGCGAGGCAAGCGGUUUGUAAUUACGGAAAACUUUUGAAAGAUUACUCGGAUAAUGGAAGUUUGUGCCGGCGCGGAUGCGAGGCAUCGUCGCGAGAAUCGAUCGAUCCACCGCACGAGCCGUGCUAUUGCUGCAGUUAGGAUCCCUUGAGCGACAAAGAAGCAGAAAUGUACGACCUCUCGUUUGCCCCGAAGAAGCUCGCUGUAAUGAAGUGUCAGACGAAGAAGUGGCGAAUGAAAAGACUUCAACUCGAGAGCGAAAAUAGGUCUCUGAAACGAGCCCUCCAGUCAUUCGGUAUCGAUGUGUGUGUAAAUGCGGAUGAGAUAUCGAAGCCCGAUCCGCUGCUAGUGCACUCCUGGGAAGAAAUCGAAAGGCUGCAAAAUGCAAACGCGGUGCUCCAAGAUAAAGCGAGGGAUCUUGAGGAAAUUCUCGCCGAGCGAGAUUUCUGCGACGAUCCUGACGCCACUUCCUCAGAGAGAAGAUGGCGAGACGAGGAAAAUUUGCCGAACGAGCUGGACGAGGCAAGAAAACAGGUGGAGGUGUUGUUGACUGGACGACUGGAGGACGAGAGGGCGGCCAGGACCGCGUUGCCGAAGGAACUGCAGAGAAACCGAGAUGAGAUUGAAAAGUUACAGAGGGAGAUUUUUGGUCUGAAGGAAGAUGGACGCCGAGAGCAAGGAGAAGGACAAACUUCGCGAAGCGUUGCAAGCAUCGGUCGGCGAGAGCGAAAAGUUAAGAGCUCGGAUAGCAUGAAGCAGGCUUUGCAAGCAGAGAUCAACAAACUGAAGCAUGAAUUGGCCAAGGCGAAGCGAGACAAGCAACAGUAUCGAAAAGCAACUGGAACAAGCGAUGGCGAAGAACGAGAGAGCCUGAGAGCCGAAUUGGACGAAGCUGGUAAAGAACUUAAUAAACUGAAAAGGCAAGCGGAGGUGCUAAAAGCCGCUGCUGACGCGUCGAAAGCGGCUAAUGAUAAGGAACUCGAACUUGCAAAGAUGCAACUGCAAAUAAAGAAGUUCGAGUUGAAAAAGAAUCGCUUAAGGAAGGAAAAUGACGAUUUCGGAUUUAAAAUGAUGGAAUUACGAGGAAAGUUGGAGGAGUUGGAUAAGACAAAGGCAAGAAACGCGGACUUAGUCGCUGAAAAGUAUGAAACUCAGGCAAUGGGCGGCGAAAGGGGUCUGAGACAAGAGAUCGCCGAUCCGAUGAAAUUAAUCGACGAAUUGGAAGAAAAAAUUGCUAAACUGCAGGCAGACAUAGAUCAUUGGGAAAUGAAGAACUGCAAACUUCAGUUGGAGAUCGAUGAAUCAAAAGCUGAUCUUGAUAAAGCAUUGAAAGAUUUGCUCGAAUGCCAAGAAAAUUUCGGGUAUUUUAACAAGCAAUUAAACGAAAUGGAAAACGAAUUGGACGAAUUAACAAACGUAAAGCAUCGUAUAAAGAAUGAGAUCGAUAAACCGAAGAAGACGAACGUGACCAUAGAAGCAAAGAUAAUGUCUCUGGAAAGUGAACUUUCUGAUUUGUUAGACGAGAAAAAGUUGGUCGAUGAAUUCUAUCGUUUAUGCGAACAGCUAAAUAAUCGUAGGAACGAGCUGGAGGAGCAGAUGGCCGCGAAAGAUACGGCCAAGGAGGAAUUGGUCGACGCGAAGAAACAGCUGGUCGCCCUAAAAGCGGCGUUGGACAAGGUUCGCAGCGAAAACGAUAAGCCAAGAAACGAGAACGAGGAACUGAAUGUAAAAUUAGCCAAGUUGAACGAGCAAUUGGAAACUCUGAAGGACGAGAAUGCGAACCUGGAGAACGCGAAUCCGAAGAACGAAAACACGAAUCCGAAGAAGGCCAAUGCGAAAUUGGCGGCGGAGUUGACUGGAACGAAAAACAAAUUGGCAGAAGCGGAGAAACAGGCGAACGAUCUGGAGAAAGAGAACGGCGACUUGAAGAACAACAUAGCCGAUCUCGAGAACACGGUGAACGAGCUGGAACCCUUGAAGAAACAAUUAGAAGAUGCUAAGAAGGAGCUGAAUAGGCCGAGGUCUGAGCUAAAUAUUAGUUCGAAAUCGGCGAAUACUCAACUGCAAAAAUAUUUAAAUAACGCCAUGGAGGAAUAUUGUCAAGCGGAGAACGAAAGAUCGUGUAAUGAAUUGAUAGAUUUGAACCCGGAAAAUUCGAAACCGCGGGACGAUUUAAACGAGGCGAAAAACGAAGCGAAUAAACUAAAAGCCGAUUUGGAUAAAUUGAAAAGGGAUUAUAGCGAGUUGCGGUUGGAAUUAGGUAAACUAAGGGACGAGAAGAAUAGACGCAAAGAACGCGAUGCUGCGUUAGCCACGGAUCUGAACGAAUUGAGGAAAGGGAAUGGCGAGUUAAAAGAUGGGAACGAGAAACUGAAAAGCCAGUUAUUCGAUUGCCAAGAGGAGAAGGAAAGGCUACGCAAGGAAUUGGAAAAGCUGAGGAGAGAAAAUGCCAAAUUGAAAGAAGUGAAAAAGCUGGAGCCCGAGGAAACGGAGAUGGACAAAGAUAUUUUGGACUAUGGCUGUGAUUUUAUAAAGGCGAAUGAAUUACCGGGGAAGAAAUUUGAAAAACGAUACGAAAGUAAAAAUUAUAUAGACUUUUCUUCGUUGAGAUUGACACAGUUAGCAGAGCUUCGCGAUAAGAUUGGCCACUUGGCAUCGGAAAUGGCGCACCAGGACAGCAGAGCGGUGCCGUGCGACUAUUAUGGACCAGCGAUUCCGUCAAAGGCGGAUUAUAAUAUUUUGGACCACCGUAUAGCUACUUUGCAGAAACAGAUAGCGGAGAAGCAAAUGGAGGCGGACUGGAAGCUCCAGGAGCCGAGGAGGGCUCUUCAAAACGAGCAGGCUAACUUAAUUCGAAUCUCCGAUCGGAUGAACUUUGAGAGAAAACGCAAUUUGAACCUUCGGCAUAGCAUGGAUGAUUUACCGUAAUACGCUUUUCCUUUUAACCUCGUUCAUCGUUGGACGAUCGUCUUCCCCAAGACGUUUCACGGAUGAGAAGAAUUAUGUUCCCUCGGUUCUCGAAGCUAACGAAUUUAACGAAUUCAUGGUACGCUAUAAGAUCAACAGGCUGUACGAGGAAACAUGGGUCUUGAAAUUGUGCCAUCGACGAUACAUCUGUUUCUUGUUCAGCGUCGUUGUGAUUGUCGCGUAAUUUUUGGGGUUAGUCGAUGAAAAUAA